CUAAGAAAAGUUAGUAAUCACUCAAUUAAUCAAUUAAUUAGUAGCUAAUUAAUAGUAAUCACUCAAUUAAUCAAUCAAUGGCAACAGCAACAGCAACAGCAACAACAACAUCAACUUCUCUUCUGAAAUCAUCCUCAGCCGAAGGAUUAGACAAGAGUGAUUGGAUUAAGGGUCAAUCCAUCCGCCACGUGGCCGUUGUUAAGUGCAACCCUUCUGUUAAUUCUUCUCUUUCUGUUAAAGCCAGUUCUUAUGCUGAUGAGCUUGUCAAAACAGCGAAAUCAAUAGCAUCACCAGGCCGCGGAAUCCUUGCCAUGGACGAGUCGAAUGCAACAUGUGGGAAGCGACUAGACUCCAUCGGACUAGAGAACACUGAGGCUAACCGUCAGGCUUACAGAACACUGCUUGUUUCAGCUCCUGGACUUGGUCAGUACGUCUCUGGUGCCAUCCUUUUUGAGGAGACACUCUAUCAGUCUACUAGUGAUGGUAAAAAGAUGGUUGAUGUGCUUGUUGAGCAGAAUAUUAUGCCUGGUAUUAAGGUCGAUAAGGGUUUGGUUCCUUUGGCCGGGUCGAACAAUGAGUCAUGGUGCCAAGGUCUUGAUGGGCUAGCUACGCGCUCUGCUGCCUACUACCAGCAGGGUGCUCGUUUUGCCAAAUGGCGUACAGUUGUGAGCAUUCCCAAUGGACCAUCUGCACUUGCUGUGAAGGAAGCAGCAUGGGGUCUUGCUCGCUAUGCUUCCAUCUCUCAGGACAAUGGAUUGGUGCCAAUAGUGGAGCCAGAGAUUUUGUUGGAUGGUGAACAUGGAAUUGAUAGGACAUUUGAGGUAGCAAACAAAGUAUGGGCUGAAGUUUUUUACUACUUGACUGAAAACAAUGUCAUGUUUGAAGGUAUCCUCCUUAAGCCUAGCAUGGUUACUCCUGGUGCUGAGUGCAGGGAUCGAGCCUCCCCUCAACAGGUUGCCGGCUACACUCUCCGCCUCCUACGCCAACGAAUUCCCCCUGCUGUCCCCGGAAUCAUGUUUUUAUCUGGGGGGCAAUCUGAAGUUGAAGCAACCCUAAACUUGAACGCGAUGAACCAAGCUCCGAACCCAUGGCACGUAUCAUUUUCCUAUGCACGAGCCCUCCAAAACACCUGCCUCAAAACAUGGGGAGGAAGACCCGAGAAUGUGCAGGCCGCUCAAGAGACCUUGCUUCUCCGGGCAAAGUCCAAUUCCCUUGCGCAGCUCGGGAAAUACACCGAGGAAGGAGAGUCCGAGGAGGCGAAGCAAGGAAUGUUUGUCAAGGGAUACACUUAUUAAGCUGGGUGCAAAAUCAAACUUCUGUACCAAUGUUUAAAGGGUGUUAUUCUUGUUUGUACCUUAAAACAGUUUUUGAACUAUUACAAACUCAAAUGUUGCUAGUCUUCUUACCUUUUGACCAUGAUUUUGUGGAACAAAGCUAUAAACCCUACCAUUAAUUGAUCA